AAAUGUUAAGCUCUUAAUUUAAUUAUUGUGAUAUUAUAUUUUCUUAUAGUAUCAGAAGUCUGAAGCUAUCAUGGAACAAUUGAAGUCUUUUCAAAUAAUUGCUCGUCUAAAGCGUCUACAGGAGGAAAUUUAUGAGUUGAAAACUUGGUCCAACAGGAUAACUGAAAAACAGGAUGUAUUGAACAACAAUCUGACAACUCUUUCGCAAGAUGUUACAAAAGUAGACCAAAGUACAACUUCCACUGCAAAAGAUGUUGGUCUCAAGAUUGCAAGUAUAAAAACAGAUAUACGACGUAUCUCUGGUUUAGUAACUGAUACAACAUCAUUGACAGAUUCUGUGCAAGAACUGGAAAAUAAAGUAGAAAAGGCAGAAAAAAAUACAGUAAAAAACAUAGGUGAUCUUCUUUCAAGCAGCAUUGACCGAACAGCAACGCUCCGAAAGACAGCAUCUGAAAAUGCACAGAGAAUUAACUCUGUUAAGAAGAUGCUUUCGGAGCUCAAGAGUGAUUUCAGCAAGCACACAGAUAGGUUGUUAAGCUUAGAAAGUGACAGAGCUAAAGUUCUGAAGACAGUGACUUUUGCAAAUGAUCUAAAGCCAAAGGUGUAUAAUCUAAAGAAGGACUUUUCCCAUUUGGAACCAUUGAUAAAUGAUUUAACGCUACGCAUUGGGAGAUUGGUUACUGACUUACUACAAAGAGAGAAAGAAAUUGCUUUCUUAAAUGAAAAAAUAUCUAAUUUAACAAUAGUCCAAGCUGAGAUUAAGGAUAUAAAAGAUGAAAUAACACACAUUUCAGGCACUGAUUAGUUUGAAAUUAUUUAGAUUAGGUGGAAGCAACUUGUUUUUUAAAUGGGACCUCUGUCAUGUUAUGAAAAGACUGACAAGUUAGAAAUAAUGAAAUUCCGGAGUAAAUACCAUUUUGUACAUGAUUCUAUUUUGUACAGUAAAAAUGAAAUUUUUAAAAGGGUUGUGCACUUGAUUUUUCAAAUUAAGUAUGCUAAAA